UCACUGCCUCGUCAGCUGUCGACUGAAGCAGAAGUCUCGUGCAAAACGUGUCGUAUUGAGAGUGGUGGCCUUUAUUCCAAAGGAAUCGUUUUCGACUCGUGCGCAUUCAAGUCACUCAAUUGCUUUGGUACUAGAAUAGCCGAAUUUUGGUCGUGAUUUUGUUCGCUUUGUUUUGAUUGUCAUUUUCGCGUCAGCUUUCUUCAUUAAUUACAUUUGCAUAAUAAUUAAAAAAUUUUUUUUCGGCGAUUUCUGUUUACAUUUGUUUGUUGUCCUGCAAAGUGUGAACUGGUAUUAAGCCCAUUAACGUGUUCAAUAAUAUUUCGAAAAUUUUGUGAGUAAACGUGAACUGGUAAAAGCAGUGAAUACAAGUGCAUUCAGAAAAAAAAUCGUGAAACACCAGUUGUCAAAUAUUAAUGCGACAGACACGCGAUACACACACACAUACACACCCACACUCGAGAACACAAGCAGUCGAGUUGAGGAAGAAAGGUAAUCAACGCAAUCAACGGAAGGCAACACUUGACGGCAGCAUCAACAACAGCGGCCGCUUAGAUAUAACCAGUAGCUUCGGCGACUUUCGUUGACACUCCAGUCACAGCGAUAGCGAAACUAACAACGCUCCCACAAGCUCCCACCUGCUUACAGCGCACAACAGCAGCAGCGACGACAGUGAGCACUAAAAGUUAAACGACAGUCAGCAGCUUGACGAGUCAGUCGCACACACACACCUAGCCAACUGCUGGCUUAUCUGCCUAUUAACACAUACAUACGUACGUACGACGUAUGUAACUCAACGACGUGAGUGUUUGCAUACACUAUUCAGCAUACAUACAUACAUACAAAUAUAGACUUUGCUUUGUGUAUGCCUACAAAGAGCAGACGCUCAGCCGGUUGUACUGCAGAUUUGUGCCUUUUUUCCAAUUGACUUGAAAAACUCAGUGGCAGUACGCGAAAUUCACAGAACGUUGCCAGACGCGCAACGUGAAACAACGGUGAGUGUAGAAAAUCAGUUAAAAACGCGACGACGGCGAAAGGAGCGCCGCGUAGCAGUAAACACGUUCAAGUGUUGACGUUAAAAGCGGUGUGAACGGAAAUUUUGGCGAAAAGUUUAGUUUGCGGCGAAUUAAAGAACACGCUUUCCAUUUUUUUCACAAAAAAUUACGAAAGUUAAAAAGUUUCGCUAGGUUUUGGAAGACUAUUCUUAUUUGUGGCGCGACGAAACUAAAAGUAUUUUUGCAUUUCAUUUUGCUUGACAAAAACGUAACUGAAGCUAGUUGAAAUGAAAUUGUGAUUGAAGAAGUUAAAGAAAAACCUUAAAAGUUUUAAAAAAUUAUAUUUAAAUAUCAAAACAAAAACAAAACGCGCUACCUCAAAACGCAAUAAACCACUCGCAAAAGCAACAUAAAUUAAUAGUGAAAUAAUUAAAAAAAUAUUACAACAACAAACAAGUAUUUUAAAAUAAUAAAAAACACAAGACAGUAUUAUUUUAUUUCCAAAGGAUAAUAAAAAGCAAUAAAAACUCGCAACCAGAAAAGACCGCAAAGUAUUCAAGACGCUUUACACUUGAGACGAUUUAAAUUACCUAAAGAAAGUGCAGAUGAACUGUUGCCUGCAAUAACAAAAGAAAUUAAUUAAAAAUCAUUAAAUCCCAAUAAAAACAAACAACAAAUCUGACAAAAUGUCCGCCUCCAAGGAGCAAAUAUUCGCCAGUCAGGACAAUGACUUGGACAAGCCGAAAGGAUGUUUCUCAACAAGAUAUUUUGUCACUUUCAUGCUCUUUCUGGGCAUGGCCAAUGCUUACGUGAUGCGUACGAAUAUGUCCGUAGCCAUUGUGGCGAUGGUCAACCAUACCGCUAUCAAGGGUGACCAUGAAGAUGUCGUCGACGAUGAAUGCCCUGAUCAAAAUCUAACAGUUGUGGAAAAUGGACAAGAUGGCGACUUCGUAUGGAGCAACAGUUUACAGGGCUAUAUAUUAUCAUCUUUCUUCUACGGUUAUGUGCUGACCCAAAUUCCCUUCGGUAUUUUGGCGAAAAAGUACGGUGCCAUGAAUUUCCUUGGCUGGGGUAUGCUUGUGAACUCUGUGUUCGCCUUCCUCGUCCCCGUUGCUGCUUAUGAAGGUGGUAUCUUUGGUCUCUGCGCUGUACGCUUCAUUCAGGGUCUUGGUGAAGGUCCAAUUGUGCCAUGUACCCACGCGCUGCUCGCCAAAUGGAUUCCGCCCAAUGAACGCUCACGUAUGGGUGCGGCGGUUUAUGCGGGUGCGCAAUUUGGUACCAUCAUUUCUAUGCCCUUGUCGGGUCUGUUGGCGGAGUAUGGUUUCUCUGGUGGUUGGCCAUCGAUUUUCUAUGUUUUCGGCGCUGUCGGUACAAUUUGGUCGAUUGCUUUCUUAUGGUUGGUUUAUGAGGAUCCCUCAUCGCAUCCACACAUCGAUGAACGCGAGAAGAAAUACAUCAAUACUAGUCUCUGGGGUACUGGCGAUCAGAAGGUACCAGCAAUUCCCUACAAGUCCAUCCUCAAGUGUCUGCCCUUCUACGCCAUUUUGCUUGCCCACAUGGGUCACAACUAUGGUUAUGAAACACUAAUGACUGAAUUGCCCACUUACAUGAAACAAGUGUUGCGCUUCUCCUUGAAGGCUAACGGUUUGCUCUCAUCCCUCCCCUAUUUGGCUAUGUGGCUGUUCUCGAUGUUCAUUUCGGUAAUUGCGGAUUGGAUGAUCUCAUCAAACCGUUUUACACACACAUCAACCAGAAAAAUUAUCAACAGUAUUGGUCAAUAUGGUCCAGGUCUGGCCCUUAUUGCCGCCUCCUACACAGGCUGUGAUCGUGCCUUGACACUUGCCAUACUCACGGUGGGUGUCGGUCUCAAUGGUGGUAUCUACUCUGGCUUCAAAAUCAAUCACUUGGAUCUGUCACCACGUUUUGCCGGUUUCCUGAUGGCCAUCACAAAUUGUUCGGCGAACUUGGCGGGUCUGUUGGCGCCCAUCGCUGCUGGAAAUUUAAUCGAUAAAAAGCCUUCAAUGGGUCAAUGGCAGAUCGUCUUCUUUAUUGCCGCCUUCGUGUAUAUCUUCUGCGCUACAUUCUACAACAUCUUCGGUUCGGGUGAACGUCAAUGGUGGGACAAUCCAGCUAAUGAUGUUAAGGAACCAUCCGCCGUUGCGCCUGGUACAACGACACUGACGUCGAAUGGCGCGAAUCCACGUUUUCUAACUGGUGUGGAUAAUGGCUUGACUUUGGCGGCGGGGAGUAUCAAUGAAACCGGGCACUGAGUGCGUGGAACAAUGAUACUGGAAAGCAACAACUGAGCUAGUAUAUAAGCGCAUUCUAGCUAUAUGAAGCUGUGCUAGUUAGACAAGAAAAAAGCAGACAGACAGUUAGUGAUUUAAGCAGCGUAAUUUUUAUUAUUAUUUUAAGUAAUUAUUAAGGCAUAGUGAAUUUAAGUGCGAGAGUAAUGUGUGUUGCUUAGAGAAAAAUAAAAUAAAAUACAUAAAAUGUACUGUUAGUAGGCGUGGUAACUAUUAAAAAUACACACCGCCCCACAUGCACAUGCAGCGUGAUAAAGGUACUCAGCCAGAAAAAUAGUAAUUAAAUAUUAAAAACAAGAGUCAGCAUUAAUAAAUAAUUUUUUGGGCUGUUCGUCGAAGUUCAAUAAAAAGAUUUGCACGAUAAAAGACAGUUGCCGCUAAAACUAUGCAACGCAUCUAAAGUAUAUAAUACGAAAAUGGUGCCAAUUUAGUGAUUAUCUUUAAUAUUUUUUUUUUUGCUUUUGAACAAUGCAAUUGUUUAAUAACUAUGGACUUGGUCCAUGAAUUGUUAAUUUAUUUAAAGUUAAGUUUAAUGAGAAUUGUUUAGUAGAAACAUUUAAUUUAUACAAACACACACACACACACAUAUAUGUAUGAAUGUACGCACUGUUAGCGCUUUUUAAUGUAAUUGUGAAUUGAUUUUAUAAAAAUAUUAUUUUUUAUUUAAGAAAGAAAGAAUUAAAGUAAAACCGCAGAAUGCCUUGAACAUUAAAAAAUGUUUAAAAAGAGCUCUUCCGCUCGCAUGGAAUUGUAAUAUUUAAAUAUAUACACAAAUAUAUAAAGAACUCUAUAUAUAUUUA